AUGGAAUGCUGGCCGUUCGACCCCAAAAUUGCCUCCGGACAACCUAUUCCGCCUGUUGAACAUGCCAUCUCCGUUUCACUGCCGACGUGGAAAGACAAUCUCAACUACGAAGACGAUAAAAAACGGCUCGUCGGCGCAUUGGUACGGGGAUACCCUCGUUUCAUCGUGCACGAGCGUAUCAGAACACUCGGGUCUUUGUGCGUGCAAAGAUUUGGAGGCAGCCCGAAGGAAUCGUGUUUGCUUUUCCCAACCCAACAAAUUGCCGAUGAUUGUCGGGAGUUUAUCGAACGCCGCUCUUCCCUCGCUGGGCCAACCAUAUACGCUCAGUUGGCACAUCUCCGUCUCAUAUCUACCGAGAACAAGCGUGCGCUGGAUCUGCAUAUCGUCAUAUUCCCACUGGAGACAUUCCCCCUUGCCAAGCAGUUCUGGCAACAUGCAGGCCUCGGGAUAACGACUCGCUACAGCAAUCUUUGUUUGCAAAUGAGCGAAACCGCCACUUAUGAAAUCCCGUCACCCAUUUCUACCACUAAGAAGACUCGGGAUGACGUUAGCUUCCUUGAGGCAAACUGUCAUUACGAUCUUGAACUUGACAGCGACGUCGAAGUGAAGGAUGCUUUGCGCCUUAGAAUUGCUGGCUUCUUUAAUACCCCUGACUCGGUCUCUGCCCAAGAUUCAGGGGGUAGCCCUCGAAGCGUAUCCAGCGAAGAUGUCUUCCUUUUCCCUACGGGAAUGGCUGCAAUUUGGAACGCCCAUCAGCUCGCGUUAAGUUCACGUUCUAACUCAAAGACUAUCUGCUAUGGGUUUUUAUACACAGACACACUCAAAGUUUUACAGAAAUGGGGUUCUGGGUGCCACCAUCUAGGUCGUGGCCUCGAGCCUGAUAUCCAAGAACUUGACCACCUCCUGGAAACUUUGACUGCCGCGGCAGAACUAUCUGAACCGCCGGUAUCAGCCUUAUUCACGGAAGUCCCAUCCAACCCCCUUCUGCAGUCCUUCAAUCUCCCUCGGCUUCGGAGCCUUGCGGAUAAAUUUGGGUUCCUCAUCGUGGUCGACGAUACGAUCGCGACGGCCGUGAAUGUGGACAUCUUGCCCUACGCGGAUAUCGUCACGACAAGUCUGUCGAAGUUCUUCGGUGGAUAUGCGGACGUCAUGGGUGGCAGCCUCGUGUUGAACCCACAAGGUCGACAUUAUGAGGCGCUGAAGACAGCCCUUCAAGCUAGUUAUGUUGACACGUUCUUCUCCCCGGACGCCAUAUGCAUGGAGCUAAAUUCUCGGGACUUCGAGGAUCGGAUUCGAACGAUCAACUCGAGCACGGAGUACAUUUGUGACUUCCUUCGCGAACGCUCCUUAGCAGGUGGCCGCCCAGCAGGGUCUUCUGUUAUUCGAGACGUAUAUUACCCGAAGUACAUCACGAAGGAGCUCUACGACAGUUGCCGCCGUGAACGAGGUGGGUAUGGGGGGCUGUUUACGCUCAUGUUUACGAAGGAAACUGCUUCGCAUUCUUUCUACGACACCCUGUCGUGUUGUAAGGGACCUAGCUUGGGGACCGCUUUCACACUGUCUUGUCCGUACACUAUCUUAGCUCACUCGGCGGAGCUGGAGUGGGCGGCCCGGUGGGGUGUGGAGGAAGGACUUGUCCGUGUCAGCGUCGGCGUAGAACCUCUUGAUACGUUGAUAGAAUGGUUCAAGCUUGCGCUAGCCGCGGCGGAAAGUGCGCCCUAG